CAGCCUAAAUAUGGUGCAGCGUUUGACUUUGAGGCGACGUCUGUCGUACAACACACGCUCCAACAAGAGGCGCAUUGUGCGCACUCCCGGAGGCCGUCUGGUGUACCAGUACGUGAAGAAGAACCCCACUGUUCCACGCUGUGGCCAGUGCAAGGAGAAGCUGCACGGGAUCACGCCCUCCAGGCCCAGCGAGCGUCCCAGGAUGUCCAAGCGCCUGAAGACCGUUUCCAGGACCUACGGCGGAGUACUGUGCCACGGCUGCCUGCGCGAGCGCAUCGUCCGUGCCUUCCUCAUCGAGGAGCAGAAGAUCGUCAAGGCUCUGAAGAGCCAGCGCGAGGCCCUGGUCAAGCCCGUCAAGAAGGUGGUGGAGAAGAAGCCGACGAAGGCCAAGGCCUCCAAGAAGCCGGUGGGCAAGUCUGCCGGAAAGCCCGGAGCCAGCGUCGGCAAGAAGCCCGCCCCCAAGGGCGUCAUCAAGUCCAAGAAGUAAACCGCCGACCCACCAACCACGGGGAUCUAAUUUUGGACUGCUUUUUUAAUAAAAAACCACAAACUGGACACGUUA